ACGUCAUCCGUCACCGCCCUGCCCGCCUGCCUGCCUGCCUGCAGUGUCGCUGCCUACAGAUGAGGAUGGAGACCAUAAAAGCGGCCUUGCCGUCAACUAUUGUCCCGAGCGGGCGUUAAGGGACUCGAACGUUGACGCAAGUGACCCCUGCCCUCGUUUCAAAAAGGGGGUGGGGAAGAACCGAGCGAGGAGAUGCUCCUCUUCGGCGGCGGGCUGCGGGCUACCACCGAGCACCAUGGAGCCUCUUUAGGGACGACAUCCACCGGGUAAACAUCAACGAAAUCCACCGAAAUCCUCGCAUCGGCGCGAUUUUGAAUACAUGACGAGGCUUCCAUCAUGACGAGGUUGGUGUUUAUGUCUUCGAGUCGCUGAGGAUCCAGCGCCCCACCCCCGUGACACGGGCCGUGUCGUGCCCGGGCAGGAGAUGCCUUGUGCGGCCACGCGUACGAGCUUCGCCCUGGUCCGAGAAGGCUCUUCCGUGUUUAUGUUGGCGCGACGGCCAGGCCUUUGAGUGGAACAUGAGCUCGACGGAGGAUGUAAGUGGAGUUUGAAAUAAGAAGAAGAAGAAGAAGAAGAAGAAAAAAAGAAGCCAUUAUGUCGAAAGUGGUCAGCAGCAAGGAGAAGAAAUCCUUCAGCAAAAAGCUGUUCCGCCGGAGUUCAGUCCGCUCCGUGGGCAGCUUCAUGAACAGAGUUCUCCGGACUCUUUCCACGCUGUCCCAUUUCAGCACCGACGAGCAGGCCGCCCACGACGACAAGGACGACGCCGCGCUGAUAGCGACCACCAGCGGGGGCUCGGUGCCGUCCGACGACAGCGACUGCGGCGGGUUCCCGUUCGGGGACAAGGUGCCAGGCGUGGCCGGCCUGAAGAACCACGGCAACACCUGCUUCAUGAACGCCAUCCUGCAGUGCCUGAGCAACACCGAGCUCUUCGCGGAGUACUUGGCCUUGGAGCAGUUCCGUGGAGGAGGCGGCGGCGGAGGAGGAGGAGGAGGAGGAGGAGUAGGAGAGGCCGGGAGUGGGACCGACAGCAAGGCGAGUAAGUCCAACGGGGUGCUGGUGCAGAAGAAGGGCAGCCGGCAGCAGCAGCAGGAGUCCGGGGAGGUGACGGAGCAGCUGUCUGGUCUGGUCCGAGCUCUGUGGACCUUUGAGUACACUCCUCAACACAGCAGGGACUUCAAGAACGUGGUGUCAAAAAGUGCUCUUCAGUUCAAGGGGAACUCGCAGCAUGACGCCCAGGAGUUUCUCCUGUGGUUGCUGGAUCGAGUUCACGAGGACCUCAACAACAUCAUCCACUCUGACGUGCGACCCCCCAGGACGCCUCCAGUCGAAAAUGAAAAUGCUCCUGAAGGAUCUCCGUUGCCAACGCCUGGCUCUUUUGUGCAGGAGCUUUUCCAGGCACAAUACAGAUCCUCCCUGACGUGUCCUCACUGCCAGAAACAGAGCAACACCUUUGAUCCUUUCCUCUGCAUCUCACUGCCAAUCCCGGUGCCUCACACACGGCCCUUGUAUGUAACAGUGGUGUACCAGGGCAAGUGCUCCCACUGUAUGAGAGUGGGUGUGGCCGUGCCCCUGUCAGGUACCGUGUCCAGGCUAAGGCAAGCUGUGGCCCAAGAGACCAAAAUCCCCGCCCAACAGAUCGUCCUCACGGAGAUGUACUACGACGGCUUCCAUCGCUCCUUCUGUGAUGACGACGACGACCUUGAGAUCAUUCAGGAGAGCGACUCCAUCUUUGCGUUUGAGACGCCCGAGCUCUUCAGGCCCGAACAGAUCCGCUCGAAGAGAGGCGGGAGUCCGCAUGCUAACCGGAACCAGAACAACCUGAAGUACGGCACAGAAAACAACCGGAUAUCCGCCCAAAUCCAGGAGCCCACGACUCCGCCCCCAAGUCCCAACAAGAACAGCGGGCAGGACGAGAAGGUGGUGUUGCUGGUGUGUAACAGAGCAUGUGCCGGCCAACAAGGACGCAGGUUUGGUAAUCCCUUUAUACUCUACUUGGAGCGUACGGUCACGUGGGACGUGCUACAGAAGGAAAUACUGGAGAAGAUGAGGCACAUUUUGCGCCCUGGAGCCGUUGUGCAGGUUGGGCCCUUCACUUUACGUGUGGUUGGGGUGGUUGGGAUCACAUAUCUCCUUCCUCAGGAGGAGCAACCACUAUGUCAUCCAUCUGUGGAGCGAGCGUACAAGUCUUGUGGUCCCGGAGGGCCGCCUCAUGUCAAAAUUGUUGUUGAAUGGGACAAGGAAACAAAAGACUAUCUGUUCAAAAGAACAGAAGAUGAAUACAUCCCGGAUUCUGAAAGUGUACGGCAAGUGAAGGAGCAGCACCUCCAGCCUCAGAGCUGUUCGCUUGCCCAAUGCUUUCAACUCUACACCAAAGAGGAACAGCUUGCUCCUGAUGACGCCUGGCGCUGUCCACACUGCAAGCAGCUCCAGCAGGGCAGCAUCAAGCUGAGUUUGUGGACCCUGCCUGACAUCCUCAUACUGCACCUCAAGCGCUUUAGACAGGACGGAGAUCGGCGCAUGAAAAUGCAAAACAUGGUGAAGUUCCCCCUGACCAGCAUGGACAUGGCGCCGCACAUGGUAAAGAGGAGCCAGAGCAGCUGGAGCUUACCCUCUCACUGGUCGCCAUGGAGACGGCCUUACGGGAUGGGCCGUGACCCCGAGGACUACCUUUACGAUCUGUACGCCGUGUGCAACCAUCACGGGACGAUGCAGGGAGGACAUUACACAGCUCAGUGUAAGAACUCCAUUGACGGACAGUGGUACUGUUUCGACGAUAGCGACGUUCAUCCUGUAUCAGAGGAAGAGGUGUGCAAGCAGACCGCUUACAUCUUGUUCUAUCAGAGACGUGCCACCGUUCCAUCCUGGUCUGCCAACAGUUCCGUGGGAGGAUCCACAAGUUCUUCCCUGUGUGAGCACUGGAUCAGCCGCCUGAUCGGUAGCCGCCCACCAAGCCAAGCCUCCUCCGGUUCCUCCAGACGAACCUCGCUAGCUUCUCUUUCGGAGUCGGCUGAGUUUGCCGGAGAACGAAGCGAGGAUGACGCCCUAUCGAGCCGACCUGCGGUGAGAGUCAUGCAAAGGCAGACUUUCUCCUCGAGGACGUCCAUCGCUAGUCCGCUGGUGCUCAGUGAGAAUGGCCAGAAACCUUCCUGGUCUCACUCUGCUAAGCUGCAACUCCGCUCAAACUCCCCGUCACGUUUCUCCCUGGAAUCCCACUCCUCCUCCCCGACACUAGAAAUGAUAGGCGAGGUGGUUGAUACCAAAUUGUCCACCUCCUGCUUCAAUGGGUCUCCUAAACUUGGAAGCAAAUCUGUGUUGGAUCAAAAUCCCGGAAGUAAUAGGCUGAUAGAGCAGCUUCAUUCCAAAGCUUUGUCCCAGGCAGAGACAAGGGUCUCCGUCCAGACCGGGGACAACAACAAUCUAGUCAGUGGUGCUGAACAAACCAGUCCUCGACAUGGAACGACUGCCAAGGAGCUGAAGCAAAGAAACGUUCCCGCAGAUAGCUCAGGUGUCAAACGAACCUCAGCAAAGACCGGAUUGGAGGGUGAAAGAAGCCCCAAGAAGCGUCCUGCUGCCUCGUCCACGUCCUCCAGCUCUCUGUCUCCUGCGUCCCCAGCUGUUGAUAAGUCACCUGCUCGAGCGCAGGCUAAAGGUGCUACAAACAACCCAAAAGACAAGGGCGACGGAGCACCGAAGACCAGUAAGGCUGCUUCCUCUAGAACGGCAACACCCUCCAAAAAAUCAUCCCAGACGCAGGAGGGGUUACACCCGGAUUCUGCGAGGAAGGGUUGUUCUCCUGGAAGCUCACACCCUCAGAAGAGAACCACGCCCAAAGGGGGUGGUGAUAAAGUCUCAGCUUCAGGUAGGACUAAAGGAGCAGAUAGGAGCGCCAGCCGGGACUCAUCACGGACUGCCGCGCUGGCUGAGAAGAAGGUUAACGGUGGCGGUCCUCUGUGUCGGUCCAGUGCCGGAAGUAGAGUAGAGGGUAGGCCUGGUCGCUCUGUAGAGAACAGGAUGGUUGCACGGAGUUCUAGCAGCAGCUCCUCCAUGGCGAGUCUGCGAUCCUCCAGUGUGGUUGUUCCCCCCACCGGCCCGCCGUCAAGGGCAGCAAGGAGGAACAGUAAGACCGAGGAAAAAGCUUUGUCCUUCUUCAAAACUGCCCUCAGGCCCAAAGACCUUCGCAAGUCGUCGGACGGUGGGACUCCUGAAGAUGGCGGUGGAGAUCUGGCAAAAGAAGGAGGGACCAAGAAACCCCAAAACGCAACCUCCGAGGCCACCGCAGCUAAGGACUCCUCGAAGGUUUCCGUUGCAGCUAAACAUUCGCUGCUGCCCUCUGCUAAAUCCAAACUCUCAGAAGCCACGAACCAGGCUUCUUCCGCGAAAGACCCUGCGAAGAAAGAACCUGCCAAAAAGACCAUGCCGUCCAGGAAAAUCCCCAUCAACUCCACCCAAUCAAACCAGAGGUCUAAAUGAAAUCCACCCGAGGGCCUCACUCUCCUUUCUAGUGCAGCUCCUUUCAGUGGUCACUGGUUACCAGCUGCCGUACGGGACACUUCCUGUCCAUGUUGUUCUCUCGUUAUCUAGGAAUGGAAUUUUACCAAAGCACUUUGUAUGGAUCGCAUUGAUUUCCAGGAAAUACUCUACUGUAUUGUAAAUACGCAUGGGUUGCUCAUGUAUCGGAAUGACUGCCUCGUUUUGUCUGUCGCUUACUGUGAGAGGAAGCCUCGUUUUCACCAGGCGGCCUGGUUCGGCACGUGGAUCGGCGUGGGUGAAAUUUUCCAAAAGAAUUCCCCAACUGGAGCCAUAGUGAAGGUCUUUGUGGACUUCUUUACACAGCAAACGAGGUGAGACUAAGCAGUGCCUCUGCAAAUAAUGCACUUUAAAUGCUCUAAUUAUAGUCUGCAAAUUUAAACUUAAUUUUUUAAAGUUUAAAAAGAGGAAAGGAAAACUUGACCCUCUUUGACCAUGUUGUGUACUGUUGCAGAUGUAGCUAAAGCUGCUGGAUACUUCAAAUGCAGCCACUGCCAUCUUGUGGAGUUUUUAAAAAACAUAAAUCUGGAGGUUGCCUACAGCCGCAGUUUUUUUUUUAAAACUGGCGCUAAUUUUUUGCUUUUCUAGACCACUCUGUAGUGUUAAUUGGAGCAUUUACGGUAGGCGUUGAUUGGUCGAACUGGUGGAAACGUUGCUUUUUUGGUGGGGAAUAAUUGGAAACCCAGAUGACAAAUUGACCGCCAAGUCACCAAAGGGAAUUCAAUGGCGGUUUUCUUUUUUUAAAAGAAAAAAAAAAAAAGCUCUCCUUUCAAUAUGGGGGAGACAUAACAGUGUCAACAUCAGUGCCUCAGAUAAUCAUACUAUUUAAAGGAAAUUGUAUAACUGCAGGUGUAACAAUUUAUAAGCAUUAUCAGAAGCACUGAAAAUGUCAUUUGAAGUCACACCUAUGUAACCUUAAUGGCUGUUUACACACUCGAUGUAGUUAUUGUGCAACAGAGGCGGCCGGACGGCGAGCAUGUACAGUGUCAGUGGCGUUACUGGACAUAAUGUAUGCGUUUGUUUACUUGUAACAACACGAUUAAAACCCCCUCGACAUUCACUCACGGCGCUCUCAGACUGCCACAACGUCUCGGAACAUUCCUCUCAAAUAGAAACACAGGGUGUACAAAGGUCAUGCACAUUUAACACAGUUGAGUAAACACCAGCCACAAAACUAGGUACACCUGCACCUGUAAUCUAAUGAGUAGAUGCAAAUCAUUAUUGUUUGGAAAUAUACUAGAAAGACCUUUCAGUAUAGUAAUGCAUUGUAUUGUUCGACAAACAUGGAAUACAUGUUUGUUAUGGUGCUGGUGUACCUACUGGAGUGGCCCAUGAGUGUACUGUACAUAGCGUGUUUGAGGCAAGUCACCAUCGCCGCUUUCUGCUCACACAGCAUCACGGUCCAUGUAAAAAAAAAAACAUGUUGCAUGAUGACUCGCUAAUGCAUGCACUAAACUAUGCAAGCAAACUCUCGCUAAUGGCCACCACCGCUGAGUAUGUGGAAAGCUCUUAGAUGUGUACAUAGUAUUUCUUAGUGGUCUAUUUUUACAACAACAACAAAAAAAAAAUGCCAGCAUCAGAGAGCAUGUGGAAGGCAUUUCUUUAUUGACGCUUUGUUUGCACAAAAAGUAAUAUAUGACAUUUUGUAUGAAUGUUAGCGACUGCUCAUUUACUCCAAAGUAAAAAUCAACU